UUGGAGCUCAAAAAUAUCAAAGUUUGCUUGAAAUUACUUUGGAGUUUCAGUAGUUAAAAAACGAAGUUUAGAAACUGCAAUGGCGGUAAGAGGAUCUGUGAUGAUGCCAAAGUCACCCCUGCCAACAAAUUUAUCACCAUCUUUCAGAAACAAACCUAACCCAAAACAGAUCUCUGCGAAAGCUUCAGCUAGCAGCUCAAACAAGGAGAAUCAAAGUAGCAAGUCGAUAAGAAAAGAAAAAGAUGGUUGGAAAAUCGACUUCACCGGAGAAAAACCACCCACUCCAAUGUUAGAUACUGUCAAUUAUCCUCUGCACAUGAAAAACCUAUCUACUCAGGACCUUGAACAACUUGGAGCAGAGGUUAGGGCGGAACUUGUGUAUACAGUGGCAAAGACAGGCGGGCACCUGAGUUCUAGCUUAGGGGUGGUGGAUUUAACAGUAGCACUACACCAUGUCUUCAACACACCUGAAGACAAGAUUAUAUGGGAUGUUGGUCAUCAGGCAUAUGCACAUAAAAUCCUAACAGGAAGAAGAUCUAAGAUGCACACAAUAAGGAAAACCUCGGGGCUUGCAGGGUUUCCUAAAAGAGAGGAGAGUAUCUAUGAUGCUUUUGGUGUAGGGCAUAGUUCUACUAGCAUAUCUGCUGGUCUUGGUAUGGCAAUUGCAAGAGAUCUUCUAGGGAAAAGCAAUAAUGUUAUCUCAGUGAUUGGUGAUGGAGCAAUGACUGCAGGACAAGCAUAUGAAGCUUUAAAUAAUGCAGGGUACCUUGACACUAACCUGAUUGUCAUACUCAAUGACAAUAAGCAAGUCUCUUUGCCCACUGCAACACUUAAUGGCCCUGCAACUCCUGUCGGGGCACUCAGUAGAACACUAGCAAAGCUCCAAGCAUCCUCAAAUUUCCGGAAACUACGUGAAGCAGCCAAGAGCAUCUCAAAGCAAAUUGGAGGGAAAACAAACAUGGUUGCAGCAAAAGUUGAUGAGUAUGCAAGAGGCAUGAUCAGUAGUGCAGGAUCAACUCUCUUUGAGGAACUCGGCUUAUACUACAUUGGACCAGUGGAUGGGCAUAACAUGGAAGACCUGAUCACCAUUUUUAAGCAAGUUAAAGAAAUCCCAGCACCAGGACCAGUUCUAAUUCAUGUGGUGACCGAGAAAGGAAAGGGCUAUCCACCAGCAGAGGGAGCAUCUGAUAAAAUGCAUGGGGUUGUAAAGUUUGAUCCCAGAUCAGGGGAGCAGUUUAAGUCCAAAUCUCAAACACUGUCACAUACACGGUACUUUGCUGAAUCAUUGAUAAAAGAAGCUGAAGAAGAUGAGAAGAUAGUGGCUGUUCAUGCUGCAAUGGGUGGAGGAACAGGUCUAAAUUAUUUCCAAAACAGAUUCCCGGAUCGCUGCUUUGACGUGGGUAUAACAGAACAACAUGCAGUAACAUUUGCAGCAGGUUUGGCUACCGAGGGCCUCAAGCCUUUUUGCACCAUCUACUCAUCAUUCCUACAACGAGGAUUUGAUCAGGUAAUACAUGACGUAGAUCUUCAGAAACUGCCAGUGAGAUUCGCAAUGGAUAGAGCAGGUUUAGUAGGUGGAGAUGGACCAACUCACUGUGGUGCGUUUGAUAUCACCUACAUGGCUUGUUUGCCUAAUAUGGUGGUCAUGGCUCCAUCCAAUGAAGCAGAGCUGAUGCACAUGGUUGCAACUGCAGCAGCUAUUGAUGACAGACCAAGCUGCUUCAGGUACCCAAGGGGAAAUGGGAUAGGAGUUUCCCUUCCUCUGAACAAUAAAGGAAUACCACUUGAGGUUGGAAAGGGAAGAAUAUUGGUCGAGGGGAGCAGGGUUGCGUUAUUGGGAUAUGGAUCUAUUGUCCAGAAAUGCUUAGAAGCCUCGGUUUUGCUAAAAUUCUCAGAUAUCUCAGUGACAGUAGCUGAUGCAAGGUUCUGCAAACCUCUUGAUGGUAAUCUAAUUAAACAGCUAGCAAAUGAACAUGAAAUACUCAUAGUUGUUGAGGAGGGUUCUAUAGGAGGCUUUGCAUCUCAUGUGUCACACUUCCUCUGUCUGAAUGGUAUUAUGGAUGGAUAUCUCAAGUUCAGAGCUAUCAUCCUUCCUGAUAGAUACAUUGAUCAUGGAGACUACGAAAAUCAGUUAGAAGAAGCAGGAUUGACUCCUAAACAUAUAGCUGCAACUGUGUUGUCUAUGCUUGGAAAGAAAAAAGAAGCUCUACGCUUUAGUUCCAGAAAAUAGGUGUGCAGAAAUAAGUUGCCUUCAAGGGUAAAUCCAUGUAUCGUGGAAUUUGGUAGUGGAAUACCUGUAUUGAAAACAGAGUGGCAUUUUUUGAAGGUUACCACAUAUACCUGCGCGGUUGUACCCCUUUAGCAUAAGCAACACAUAUCAUACUUCUUAUUUACCCAGAAGAGGUACAAACAACAAAUCAAGGAGUUAUUAAUCAUGCAUCAUUAAAUUUUGAUUAUGAAAGUAGUAGACUAUUCCCAGGAGGACAACAAACUGAUCCCCCAUUACAAGGCAAAAAACUGCCAUGAUUAUGUAGUAGCUAGAUACAUAAGAAGGGUGUGCUUAUCUCUUCUCAAAGCUAACCUUGGCUAGAGGCCGGUAGUGCCUAGUGGGGGGAAGGGGGAGGGCAUAUGGGUCACGGUCGAAAACUAAAUAGAAAAGUAUAUAACCAUCCAACCAUGAGGUUAGAUACUUUCUUCUGAUAUGACACUUCACUUCUGCCUCAUCUACCUAAAAUAGUUGCCUUAGGUAAUUUGUGUUAGUGAAGUGGUAGAAUAAAAAGUGUUUGAGAAUUGAGACACAAGAUAAGACACAAAAUGGGCCUAAGGAUCUUGACUUCCUCACUUUCCUUUAAACUGACAAUUAACACAAACUGACAAACACAAUGAAUUCCCAUUGCUGCUCUCCUGAAAAUUAGGCAGAUUAAACCAAAGCACAGGUCAAUUUCCAAAGACCCUCAAAGGAGAAAACAGAAUAACCAUGUUUAAAAAGUAAAUGACUCACAAAGGUAGAAUUAAAAUAUAAUACAGCACAGAUGCACCACAUACACAGAACUGUAACCAUACCUCCUUA